GAGCAGCUCUUUGGGUGCAUUCUAUUCCAUUUCCGCUGUAUCCGCUGCAACAGAACAAGCUGCCGGCCCCAGGUUGUCACUGUGGGGCUCUUUGGGUCUACACAGCUGCUCUGUAAUCCAACAGCCCUCACCCACAGCUGAGCUCUGGCUCGGAGGAGUGGUGCGGUGAUCAAGCAGACGCUGUGCUGCGCUCCUGCACCUUUUCUCCUUUUGUUCUUUUCCUCCUUCCGUGUCAGCAGCCACAAGGCUGAGGCCAUGCAGGCCUUCCAGCAGGUGUUCCAGAAGGUGGAGAAGAUCGGGGAGGGCACCUAUGGUGUGGUGUACAAGGCUCGCAACAAGCGCACGGGGCAGCUGGUGGCCCUCAAGAAGAUCCGCUUGGACGCGGAGACAGAGGGCGUCCCCAGCACUGCCAUCCGAGAGAUCUCGCUGCUGAAGGAACUGAAGCAUCCCAACAUAGUCAGGCUCCUGGAUGUUGUGCACAGCCAGAAGAAGCUGUAUCUCAUAUUUGAGUAUCUCAGUCAGGACCUGAAAAAAUACAUAGACUCUACCCAAACUGGAGAGUUUCCUUUAAGCUUGGCCAAGAAUUACCUUUUCCAGCUGCUGCAGGGUGUGAGCUUUUGCCACUCCCACAGAGUCAUCCACAGGGACUUGAAGCCACAGAACUUGCUCAUUAAUGAAGCAGGAGCAAUCAAACUGGCUGAUUUUGGGCUGGCAAGAGCUUUUGGAGUUCCCCUGCGCACAUACACUCAUGAGGUGGUGACUUUGUGGUAUCGAGCUCCUGAAAUACUCCUGGGAUGCAAAUACUAUUCAACAGCUGUGGACAUGUGGAGCAUCGGCUGCAUCUUUGCCGAAAUGGUGACCAGGAAGGCCCUGUUUCAAGGGGACUCAGAGAUCGAUCAGCUCUUCCGGAUCUUUCGCACCCUGGGCACUCCCACCGAAGCAACCUGGCCUGGGGUGUCACAGCUGCCUGACUACAAGGGUGACUUUCCCCAGUGGGCAAAGAAGGAGAUGAAGGAAGUUGUUCCCAGCUUAGAUCAACACGGCAGAGACCUGCUGGCGCAAUUGCUCCUGUACGACCCCAGCAAACGCAUCUCAGCCAAGGCAGCUCUCAGUCACCAAUACUUCUUAUGGAAAAGCCCCCAGAGCACUGAGGAGCAACACGUGCAGCAGAAACACUGCAAAUGAGAUACACAGCUCUCUCCAUAUACCUCUGGAGAGCAGUGCAGAUCUGCUUCAGUGCACUUAGCAAGAGGCUAGUCCUGUCCCCGGGCCUUACUUUUCCUGAGAAGUCCAUUUAGAGUCUCUCAGCCUGUUGCUGGGGGAAGGUUUGCUUAAGUUACGUCCGAUAGAGCUGUUUUCAUGUUUGCCAUGUGCAAAGGUGAGGUUACUGUCAGCAUAAAACAGUGACAUGUAAAAAAGGGAGCGUGUUUCAGAUGCUUGUCCUUGCAUUAGCCAGCAAGCUAAGGUGACUUACACACAAAGAUUUCUCUCUCUCCAGCACUGGAGCACCCCCAGAUCUCACUGCAGGUUUGAUGAUGCAGUUCCUGACACCAGGGUGUGCUGGAGCUCUGCUGUGAGUAGGACAGUGCUGCUCUGCUUACCGUUCACUGUUAGCAAAAACCAGAUUUGUCAGUGUUGGAUAUGUUGAAGUUGAGCUGAUUAACAGAGGUGACAAUCUGCUGUUCUGAAAGCUGAGGAGCACUGUAAAGUAUCUUAAUUUAUGCCUUAGCUGUGAGAAGCCAGAAGAUCCAGCUAGAAUAAAGCACUUGCUGCAUAUAUUGGAAACUGACAUCUGAAGCACCAGCUUUCCAUCAUCAGCCCAGGUGUAAUGCUGACUCCUUUGCUUUAUUGUCUUGGAAAUGCUUUUGCUGUUCAGGUGUUUGGAGAGUUACCAUUAACUUCUAGUGUGGCUUUGGCAUUUGUGGCCUUGUGGGGUUUUUUCACUGUAGAAAAAAAUAAAGGCUUGCCAUUUGUUCAGAAA